AUGAACUUUCCAAUUGAUCAAGAAACGGUGUACGUUUUCACCACGCGUACUGGUGAUUCAGAACUUGUUGACUAUUUGAAAGAUGACUUCAAUUUCGAAGUAACUGCUCGAAAGCUAAACUUGAAACAACAAGCACACUUGCAACUGAUCAGAUCAACCGAUUUGAAAAUAAAGAAACUAGUGACUCAGUUAUUCACCAAAUACAUUUUAAACUAUUUCUUGGGCCAGUUGGACCCCUGGAAAGAUAUCCAGUUUGAGUAUAACCAAUAUGGGAAACCAAAGCUACCCAAUCUUGAAUUCAAUCAGAGCUCUUCGAAUGAUCUAAUAUCAAUGGCUGAUUCGAUUGAUCCUAAUCAAAUAUUGGAUCAGUUCUAUGAUAUUUUUCAUCCAAUUGAAAUGAAAAUAUUACUACAAGAAAACGAUGUAAAUAUCCGAUACACAAAAUUCAAUCAACUAUGGACAUUGAAAGAAGCAUUUACCAAGUUGAUAGGCAGUGGGUUGAACAUUGAUUUGAAACAAUUUGGAUUUGCAUUUGAACAAAAUGUUAAGUUGCAGGAUUGUAUUGAUGAUUACCAAUUCAUGAACGAAUACGAAUUAAUGACAAACCAUAUUAUUGUUUAUCAGGAUGUUUAG